CUCCCCUUCCUCGCCUCCCCUCCCUCGCCUCCUCGCCUUCUCGCUUCUCCUUCCUCCCCAGCGCUGGUGCAUCCACAAUUCCCAUUGCCAUGGACCUGGCAAAUACAGAGCACGGUUCGCGGAGCCAGUCCAUCGUUCGGCCCGCCCGUUCCAGCUCAAAUGCCGACCCUCCCCCGCCCGGAAUAGUCACGUGGAUGCCCCUCGCACUUUCAAUGCCCGACGUCGGCUCCGUAGCUCGGGCUUCUUGUUCUUAUUCCCAUGAUUACUCAGGAAGGGCGUCGUUGCCGCGUCGUGCCCCGCUCUUCAUCGUCUUGCCUGGUCAAUCAUUGGCUUCAUACAUCCUCCACCUCCACCUUCCAUCUCCACCCUCAGUCGCUCACUUGCCACUUGCUACUUGCUCCUUGCUACUUGCUCCUUGCUCACCUGCUCACCUGCUCACCUUUUCUCCUUCCCUUCUCCAUACGCAGUACACCCAGUUAUAUCUGGACGCGCCCCCCUCGCUGUUUCCAGAAGCCUGCUCUUGUCCGAGCCAGGUCUGUAGCCAGCAGCAUCUUCAGGCUCAAUUUCUCUUGAGAUUCUCCGUAAAGGGCACCGGCCCGUAGGAGUUCGAUAACCCCUCCCGUCCCCUGCGCGUUUACUUUCUUUGUUAAAAGACGGAGUUACGCAAGCACUAAGGGAUCCAAGCGUCAAACCCAAAGACUACAAGGACGUCGACGCCACUACUAGCUGGCUGGAGGGGGUGACUAACAAACCCUCAAUCCUCUCUUUUUUUCUUCUUCGGAUUUUAGGACUUC